AUGGUACGAUGGGCCCGUAUUCUCGGUGCUACGGUGAUAGCCUGGAGCGUCGCCGACGUCAUCGCUGCUUUCGCGUUAUGCCGACCACUGGCGAAGAACUGGAACUUCGCACUACCCGGGACUUGCGGUGGUCAGCCGACCUUCUACUUCGCAAUGGGUGUCAUCAACCUUAUCACAGACGCCGUGAUGAUCUUACUACCAAUGCCAUACCUGUACAAGUUGCGUAUGGCGUGGCGGAAGAAGUUGGCUGCGAUGGCGCUCCUCAGCAUCGGGGUAGGUACCUGGGCCAUCAUCAUAUACCGCCAAACGCUGCUACCGGGUCUCGACUUCUUCGACAUGACAUACACCGGUGUGCUUGCGACGAUCCUCUCCGGCCUCGAGCCCGCCGUCGCCAUCGUUCCGGCAUGUAUCCCUCUUAUGCGCCCUUUGUUCGUGAAGUCAAACCACGCCACGCGCUCCAGGUUCGACUACGACAGUAGCAGAAAGACAAGUCUCUUCUUGAAGAAAGGGAACAAGAUACAUGACGAUCCGACGGCGACUUUCUCGGAGUUGGUGGACGAUGAUGAUGCUUCGUCGCAAAUUGAACUGCAGCCGGUCAAGAGUUGUCAGAUUGUGCGCGUUUCGUCGGUUUACAAACAUGACAGGGAGCAGAGGGUGGCUGAUUCGAAGCAUGCUAUUACGGUUGAGAGGAGGUGGGAGGUACGGAGGGACUAG